GAAGGUUCUGAACACAUGCAGGUGUGUUUUGAUAAUAGAUCUAGCUGCAUUUUAUUCUCACUGUAGCAGACUGUGGGGGAGGGGCUCCUCAGCAUGCAUAUAUAGCUGACAGUUAUCAAACUAUAGAUUAGUCUAUCUAUCUACUUGCCUAUAUGAAGCUCUCUCUGUGUUUCCUGGUGGUGUGUUUCCUGGCUGGGUGGUCCUCUGCUGCUGAGUACAGCAGAACUGCUUCUUAUGAUGACCAACUGGUCAUAAGAUGUGACAUACAGAGUGACAGGAUUGGCUAUCUCUUGUCUCAGGAUGAGGUGGAUGUGUGGGCAAUGACUGGAGAGCAUGCUGAUGUGAGACUCCAUUACAGCCGAUAUCAGAGUAUGAGAGACCAGCUCCCAGAGUGCACUGUCUUGCAUGCCAGUGUGGAGGCACUAAUGCAACAGGACGAUAGGAACAUGGAAAGAAGCAACCUCGACAAGACAGCGAGAUGGUUUGAAGAAUAUCAUACUUAUGAGAAAAUUGUUAACUGGUAUGAUGAGCUUGCUAAGAAGUACCCAAAGGUUGUGAAGUACGUGGCUAGUAUUGGGGUGAAGCAGCACACUUGUACUGAUGACGGAACAAUCGGCCCUGUGAGGAACUUUCCAAGAAAAAAUUAGUGCACUUUUCAAGUGUACCGGCAAUAUUUUAGCUAUUCAGUAUUUAUACUGAACUUAUGUGAUGAACCAGUACUAGUUAUCAUUAUUAGUUACUGUAACUAUGUGUUUGAAGUUGCAACAUCUAUUGAGGACUAGACUAUGUGCAUGUCACGCUAACGGACAAAUUAAUGCCCAACAAUAAUUAUUAACAAUUCAA